GUGAAAACACUGUGAUGCUUUCAAAACAUUCAUCUGUUAGUCUGAGCAUCCCGACCAGCUCGACACAGCAACAUUGCAACACAUGCUGUGAGUAAAUGUCACAUCAUAUAAAGUGUCCAAUCGAGUUUGUGUAGUUUUCUGUUUACUGUGAAGAACAUUGUGUUAUUUAGGCAUUCCAUAAUGACUGCUACAAUGUCUCACAUUACACAGGCCUAUAGUUCAUCAAAAGUGAAAAUUCUGUCAUCAUAUACUUCAUGUUGUUCCUUUCUAUCUUUUCUGGAACACACAAGAAGAUGUUAGGCAGAAUGUUAGCCUCAUUCACCAUCCACUUUCACUGAAGGGAAAAAUUGAUUUGAUAAUGAUAUUUCAUUCACAGCAUGUCUGUUUUCAGCGCAAAUUCAAAAUUCAGUUCCUGCAUUUGCAGUUUGGGAGUUCGUGUUCAAACUCUGGGUAGCUCAGCGAGUAUUGACGCUGACUAUCACCCUGGAGUCACGAGUUCAAAUCCAGGGCGUGCUGAGUGACUCCAGCCAGGUCUCCUAAGCAACCAAAUUGACCCGGUUGCUAGGGAGGGUAGAGUCACAUGGGGUAACCUCCUUGUGGUUGCUAUAAUGUGGUUCUCGCUCUCAGUGGGGCGUGUGGUGAGUUGUGCGUGGAUGCUGCGGAGAAUAGCGUGAAGCCUCCACAUGCGGUAACGUGCUAAACAAGCCACGUGAUAAGAUGCGCGGAUUGACAGUAUCAGACGCGGAGGUAACUGAGAUUCAUCCUCCGCCACCCGGAUUGAGUCACUACGCCACCACAAGGACUUGGAGCACAUUGGGAAUUGGACAUGCCAAAUUGGGGAGAAAAGGGAAGAAAAAAAUAAUACUUUCAUUUUCUAUAAAUUAACGGAGCCAAAUCCUGACAAGAACCACAUUUUCCAUGCAUAUAAAAAGAGCAUGUCACUGUCUUGGAAAUAUGCCUGACAUUCAACAAGUCCAUAUUUCUAUAUUUCCAAUUCACUGCAUACAGUUUAUUUACACUACCAACCUCUUCUGAAAGUGCUGUCUUUGUUUAUAUCGCUGGUGCUUGAGGGAAUGGACUAUAUAAUAGGAAGCAGAUGCUGCAAUAACCGGAGAAGAACCUCAGAAUUAAAUUGCACUCGAUCCAGCCUAUUAGUGUUUUGUGCAUGCAAUUUCGCCAAACCCACUUGCGCCUAGACUUAGCGCAUGUUUGCACGAAAAUACCAAACCUUUAUAGCCAAGCCCAUUGACAUUGCGCGUAUGAUGUAUCGCAUAGCACUGUGCUUAACGCUCUUAAAAUAGGGUCCAUUAUGUACAUCUGUUUGCAUUUUGCAACUGCCAAAGGAAGUGCGCCUCCUUACAAGUCUGUGUACACAGACAUCAUUUUGAAUUCGUUGAGUAUCUUAUAAGUAAUGUGAUUACUUUUUUGAUGAUGUAAUCUGUAAAUUCAGUUAUCUGAUUGCAGUUUUAGAGAAGCAGUUAGUCAUUUGUUGUGAAAUAAGUUUUUUGACUAACUUACCCAACACAAAGAUAUUGCUACUGGAGUAGUUCAGUAGUCAUCUAAUAAAACCAAAGCUCGUCUGUAGAGAACGACAACAGUUAUUUUUUAUCUCCCAAGGCUGAAUCCAUGAUUGAUCAUGUUUUUGCAUGACACAUCUUUAGUCAUGACACGACUGUAAAGUCUGCUGUCAUGCAAUGCUAACAGCUCUGGAAAUCCAGUGCACCCAAACUUAGGACACUGCUUUUUGUGCUCCUGUUGAUUGGCUGUCCGUAUCCUCGAUGAACCCGCAGCAAUAUUGAGCCAGUCUGUUCCCAAGCUUCACUCAAUAUGCAUUAGUGAUGUUAUCAUGCUAGACACUAUACUUGAUCUCCAACUGUCUCACUGUGCUCUCUGUGUAAGAGGACGCACACAGUGUCAGGGUUAAUACAUUCAAGGCCGGAAACACCUGUCACUUUCCUUCUAGCUGGACUGUGUUGAAGAAAGGUCCGUGUCUUCAGGUGUCAACACCUGUUACAUCUGUCUCCGCCUUCUUUCAUCUCUCCUGUCCAUGAAGACGCAGUCUGAUUCAGUUUUGUUUGGGUUUUGUUUCUUCAGUCAGUGGGGUGUGGCGUGCAUGUUUUGAAUGGCACUGUUGCCCUGUCGUGAUGACUCCAGCUCUUGUUUUCUGCAGAUCUUCAGAAUGUUCCAGAGGAAGAAGAGGAAGAGGAGGCUGGAGAUCUCCGGUCCCAAGAACUUUGAGCACAGAGUGCACACAUCAUUUGAUCCAGUUCAGGGCUGUUUUGUGGGUCUGCCACCUCAGUGGCAAAGCCUCAUAGAGACACUGAAGAGGCCCAAACCUGUGGUGGAUCCAUCCAACAUCACACAUGUGCAACCCAAACCAAAAAAGAACAUUGUGCGUGGCAGUUUCAUCGGACAUGAGGACUACAUCUCUGCUGCGAUUGCUCAGAUGAGUCUACUCUCUGUAACGAGCUCAAACUCAUUAAGAAGGACCAGCACAUCAUUACGGAAACGAGCACAAUCGCUGGGACGUUUAGGACAGUUAGCCGAAGGAGAGACUUACGAAUAUCAGGGACUGAAUGACGCAAAUCAGAAAAACGUACAGAUGGUCUCAGACAGGCAUUCAAGAUCCCGUCAGGUCCACAGUGACAGUGGAAGUCCACGACCUGGUUCUAAAAAGAGUUACACAUUUGACUCGAACGAUGCACGACCGAGAGCGCAAUCAAUCCACGAGGCGUCGAUAUUCAUGGGACAGCCACCGCUCAUGCCCCGGGACAUUUUAUUCUUGCCUAGAACUGUUCGUGAGGGACCCAAGAUUUCUCAACCAGACUGUAAACACAACCAAAGACCCGUUUCCUGUCUCUACAGUACCUAUUGCGUAACUGAUGGAGCAAAGGUCAAGCCGAGGGGCAGCUCGGAACAACCGAAGGUGGAAACGCCAAGAAGACCACACUCCACGUACAACACAAAGGUAAAUUCGCCUAGCUACCCAACCAUUUCCAAACCCAACGGCACUAGCAGUCCAAAACCAGGACCCAUUACCCACCAAACCCCACGUAGUUCCUCCAACGACACCCUAAACAUUUCUCCAUUCAAAACCUCAGGAACUCCAGGCUCGGUACCACCAACACAGGUCAGUCCAUCCCAACCGAGACCCUCACCAAUGGGUUCAUCCACCACGAGUCCAACAGGUGCCUCUUCGCCCUGUCUCAGACCGCCCCAAACCCCUGCCAGCAUCACAGAGUCGCCCAAAGUGACCCACACGGAGUUCAAAGCUGCCCUGCAGAUGGUAGUGGACAAAGGUGACCCUUGCAGUUAUUUGGAGAACUUUGUGAAGAUCGGAGAAGGCUCGACGGGUGUGGUUUGCAUCGCCCGCGAGAAGCACAGUGGACGGCAGGUUGCCGUGAAGAUGAUGGACCUGAGGAAGCAGCAAAGACGAGAACUGCUCUUUAAUGAAGUGGUUAUCAUGCGAGACUACAGACAUAAGAAUGUGGUAGAGAUGUAUAAGAGUGCACUGGUGGGUGAAGAGCUGUGGGUCAUCAUGGAAUACCUGCAGGGCGGCGCUCUAACCAACAUUGUUUCAGAAACCAGGAUAACGGAGGAACAGAUCGCGACAGUGUGUGAAGCUGUACUGCAGGCGCUGUGUUAUCUACACGCUCAGGGAGUCAUUCACAGAGACAUCAAGAGCGACUCUAUACUGCUGACACUAGACGGACGGGUGAAGCUGUCAGAUUUUGGAUUCUGUGCUCAGAUCAGUAAAGACAUUCCAAAGAGGAAGUCAUUAGUUGGAACUCCGUAUUGGAUGGCACCUGAGGUGGUUUCAAAGACACCAUAUGGCACUCAGGUGGAUGUUUGGUCUCUGGGCAUCAUGGUGGUGGAGAUGGUGGAUGGAGAACCUCCGUAUUUCAGCGAGACGCCAAUAGCAGCCAUGAAGAGACUUCGAGAUGAGCCCGCGCCUACUGCCAGGAACAUAAACAAGAUCUCUCCUGUUCUGCGGGAUUUUCUGGACUCCAUGCUGACCCGUGAUCCUCUGAUGAGAGCGAGUGCCAGUGAGCUUCUCCAUCAUCCAUUCCUGCUGCAGAGCGCUUCUCCUCGCUGUCUGGUUCCUCUAGUGGAACAGUACCGCAAACGCAUGUCUCACUGCUGAACAGAACCAACAACGUUCUCAUGCUGAUUUACUCUGUGAUGAUGGACUGCUGUCAGCAUGUGUUUGACUGCCAAAGUUUUGUCGAAUGUCUCGGAACAAAGUGCUGAAAUGUAUUUGCUGAUUACUGAACUGAAUGCAGAGGAGAACCCACAUACUGCAGUUUUGAUCUGAUUCAGCUGAAACAAUGAACUGUACUGUUGACAUCACCACUGUAAUGGAGAACUACUUUGUAUAUAUAUAUAUAUAGAGAGAGAGAGUGGGGGUCCAAAGGUCUGAGACCACUUUAUUUUGUUCAGAUUAUUCAUGGCUUUAAUACAGAAACAAGUGAAUAUACUGCCAAUAAGUCACCUUCAAAACAUGCCACUGUAAUUGUACAAACCUUUGACAGUAUGUUACAGAUAUAAUAUAUCAUUCACGCUGCAGAGGUUUGAAAUAAAAUGUAAUUUUAAUGUUGUACAGUAACAUAUGAUACAUGCAUUUAUGGCGCUAAAUAUUCCUUCCUGUCAAAAGCAACAGGCUGUUGUGCUUUGAGACGGUCACUGAAACAAUGUUAUAUUGUAAAAUGUGAAAGGACAGGAAAUUAUUUGUAUAAUUUACAUGUUGCUAAAAUUGCAUUUGAUGUUGAUAAAGGACCUGGAAUGUUAUACUGCUGCGACAGUCUUCCAAAAUAAAUAAAUGUUGGUGAAUA